UGUUGCAAUGCGUCGGUGUGAUGCAUUUUGUUGUUUUUGUUUACUGUCAUUACAAUCAAAAAAUCUGAAAUUCUUUCAUUAAAUUUUCUUAUAUAGCAAUGAGUUUCACCAAUAUUAUUGUCAUUUAAGCCAUUCAAUUGAGAUUUCGGACCAAUAUGGAACAUGAAGAGCAAAAAACACAAAAAAAUGUCAAAGAGGAAAAUAUUUUCCUCUUUGUUCCCAAUUUGAUUGGUUAUGCAAGAAUUAUCCUGGCAUUGGUUUCAUUCUACACGAUGCAAAAUAGACCAAUUACAACUCUGGUCUUGUAUUUUCUAUCUACAUUUUUGGAUGCAUUCGAUGGUUAUGCUGCUAGACGAUUUAAUCAAUCCACACGAUUCGGUGCAAUGCUUGAUCAGCUUACCGAUCGUUGUGGUACAAUGUGCUUGUUGUUCGUACUUGGUACUUUAUAUCCAGCUUAUCUUUUCUGGCUACAAUUAUCGGCAGUAAUCGAUAUUGCAUCACAUUGGAUGCAUUUACAAGUAUCAUUAAUGUGUGGCCGUACUAGCCAUAAGAUGAUUUCAUUGGAAGAUAAUCCCAUACUCUAUCUGUAUUAUAAUAGUCGUACGGUACUUUUCGUAAUGUGUUUCUUUAAUGAAUUAUUUUAUGUUUCGCUUUAUAUGCUUUACUUCUUCGAAGGGCCAACAGUAUUUGGAUUGGGAUUAUUUCGCUUGGCCACCUAUGUUUCAAUGCCGAUUGCCAUCCUCAAAGCAUUUAUCAGCAUAUUGCAGCUAAUAGCCGCUUGUUAUAAUUGUCAACAAUUGGAUUUAGAUGAGCGUCGACAUUUUCAAAUUCGUAAAGCAAACUAAAUGAAUCUAGUCUUUUUUUAAUAAUCAUAUCCUUUGAACUGUGGGCCAAUCACAACUUUAGCUAAACUAACAUUUCUUUAAUCCGAAUAUUGUUUUCAUUCAUACAUUCAUUCAUUGUUUUUU